AAUCACUUCGAGUUAAAUGCAAUGGCCCUAAAAUUUACAGUUAAUGUUCUGGUUCUACUCUCUGUUACCUUAAUGGCAGCUUCGUCUGUUGAAGCGCAACUAGGAUAUCCUGUUUCUUAUGAUAUCACUGGGAAACUCUACUGCACCCUCAAUGGCAGUAUCGGCACCAAUGGCACUGCAACUCCAGUUUUCCCAGGUGCAUUGGUGCAAGUUGUGUGCGUAAAUACUACAAAUCCACUUCUUACCGGAACAACUUUGGCGGAUGGUAGAUUUACACUUCAAACUCCUAAUCCAAUACCUCCGAACUGCACAUUAGUUGUCCCAACGCCGCUCUCCACCUGCAACUCCUCCCUUCCAGCCACAGGAGGUCUGAUCUCCGCGUUACGGAGUGUUGGAAGCAUAUUCAUCCGCCUUUAUGCAAAACAUUAUGUUUAUAUCCCAGAAGGUUUCAGUUAUGUCCCUGAUUUGCCUUGACAACUUCUAGUCACCAAUAUUAUGAAUAUUAGAUGAAAUUUCAAGGAUUACUUUGUGUUCUAUAAUAUCUGCUGUAACAAUAAAACAAAAUAAAACGGCUUGCUUAUAAUA